AUGGCCAUCACAAUCCUGACUAGUAUCUUGGGUAUUUUUCUCCUUCGUCUUAUUUACGAGUACCAAAGAGAUCGAAAACUCCCCCCUGGACCGCGUCGACUUCCCUUCAUCGGCAACAUCCACCAAGCGCCGCAGAUCCUGCCGUGGAGGACAUUUCAUGAAUGGAGUAAGAAAUAUGGCCCCAUUAUGAGCGUCCAGUUUGGAAGACAGACCAUCAUUCUCAUCGCCGAUGCAACGAUCGCGCGAGAGCUACUCGACAAGCGCGGGAGCAUCUAUAGCGACCGGCCGCGCAUGGUCAUGGCGAACGAGAAUCUGACCAAGGGCAUGCAUCUUCUCCUGCGGAGGUAUGACGAGCGCUAUCGGCUGCACCAGCGCAUGGAAGCUCCUGUCCUGAGCCCUCGUGCGUCCUCGACAUACUAUCCCAUUCAGGAUCUGGAGAGCAAACAGCUGUUAUAUGACUUCCUCUCUUCCAACAAUUUCUUCAAACAUUUCGAGCGAUACAGCGCCAGCCUGGUAUAUACACUCACUUACGGCUUUCGCCUGGAAACUGGCGAGGAACAAGAGAUGAAAAGCGCUCGCGAAGUCAUGCAUAACUUUGGCCUUGCCGCUCGACCAGGGACAUGGAUAGUCGAUGCGAUUCCUGCGCUCAACACUUUGCCUAUGUGCAUUUCGCCCUGGAAGCAAACAGCAGAGAAAUUCUUUCAGAUCGAGGCCAACCAACACAUGCGAAACAUGACCGUUGCCAAAGAGAACAAAGUCUGGAACUGGACGAAGGAGUUUGUGGUCUCCAAACAAGCCGAGGACAUGUCGCCCCUGGAGUUGGCAUAUGAUAUGGGUAUUCUAGCAGAUGCCGGCUUGGAGACAACUUCCGGGGUUAUGCAGACCUUUACAUUGGCGCUUCUAUCCUAUCCCGGCUUCAUCAAGACAGCCCAGGAAGAGCUGGAUCGUGUCGUCGGACCAGACCGACUCCCCACUAUGAGCGACAGAGAAAACCUCCCAUACAUGACGGCCGUGGUAGAAGAGACGCUCCGGUGGCGAUCCAUGGCACCUGGUGGAGUGCCGCAUGCCACGCUGAAGGAGGACACGUUUAUGGGAUAUCGGAUCCCAAAGGGGACUAUGGUGAUGGCGUUACACUGGUCGAUGAGCUUCGAUGAGAGACAUUUUGAGAAUCCUUUGGAGUUUCACCCUGAGAGAUGGAUCGGGAGAAAUCCCGACGAUGGCUGCUUUACCAACUUCUUCGGCUAUGGUCGUCGCGUCUGCACCGGUAGACAUAUUGCGCGGAAUUCGCUCUUUUUGCUCAUGUCACGCAUUCUCUGGGCAUACAAUGUGCAACCCGGAACUGGGCCGGACGGCAAACCCAAGAAAGUCGAUGAUAUGGCUUAUGGAUCGGGUUUUGUGUCUAUCCCCUUGCCCAUUCGACGCGAUCUUUAA